AUGCCCACAAGAAAAAAAGGUAAGAAAAGUGCCGCACAAAAGAAGGAAAACUACGACAUGGAAGAAGAUUGUGAAUCGCAAGCUAGCGACGUCAUGCUAGCAGACAUGCUGCCGAAUGACACCGAGCAAAGCCAGGAUGCUAACCUAGGAAUCAUCCUGAGAGAGCUACGAGAAUUCAGAAAAAACUCCAGCCAGAAACUGACCGACAUCAGCGAUGACAUCAAUAAGAUCUACAAAAGAGUGGAAGAGGCGAAGGAGCAUAUUGACACAGCCGAGACUCGUAUCCAAUCAACAGAGGAGGUUGUGGCUGAGUUGGUGAAACUCCAGGAGCAAACAGAGGCUAAACUGAUGGACUUUGAGGGGCACUUGCGACGGGAAAAUGUAAGACUGUACGGGGUGAAGGAGGGAGCCGAAGGAGGCGCAAUGCAUACGUGGAAGAGUUGCUAA